AUGAGCGACGCGAGCGCUCCCACGACGCGGCCGUUCCAGGUCGUCGUCGCCGCGACGAAGGGCGACAUGGGCAUCGGCCUGGACGGCGCGCUCCCGUGGAGGCUCCCGAAAGACAUGGCGUACUUCAAGUCCGUGACCGCGACCGUCGCGGAGCCCGGGAAGCGAAACGCGGUGAUCAUGGGACGGAAGACGUGGGAGUCGAUCCCGGCCAAGUUCCGGCCGCUCCCCGGUCGCCUCAACGUCGUCCUCUCGAAGUCCGGCGCGCUCGUGGAGUCGACCGGGUCGGAGAACGCGGCGCCGGCGAACGGCACGCCGAGUAACGUCCUCCCGCCGAGCGUUUUGUUGCAGCCCUCUCUCGAAGCCGCGCUCGCGACGCUCGGCGCCGGCGAGCACGCGGAAAACGUCGAAAAAAUCUUCGUCGUCGGCGGCGCGCAAGUCUACGCGGAAGCGAUGGCCUCCCCCGCGUGCCAGGCGGUUCACAUCACGGAAGUCACGCCGCCGAAGGACACCCCGGACGCGUUCAAGUGCGACACGCACAUGCCGCCGGUGGACAUGGAGAAAUUCAAACUCUACGCGUCCGCGCCCCCGGUGAACGAAAAAGAAGGCGCGAAGAUUCAGUUCCUGUCCUACGUCGCGAAAGACGCCGCCACGGGGAAGUUCCGCAUCCCCGGGAGCGUGUCUCUCCCGCCCGGCGCGGUCGCGAACGGCGUCAGGCACGAGGAGCUGCAGUACCUCGAUCUGAUCAGGGACAUCAUCGAGUCUGGGAACGUGAAAGGCGACCGCACGGGCACGGGGACGAUUUCGAAAUUCGGAACGUCCAUGCGAUUCGACUUGCGACGGUCGUUCCCGCUCCUCACCACGAAGCGCGUGUUCUGGCGCGGCGUCGCGGAGGAACUUCUGUGGUUCGUCGGCGGGAGGACGAACGCGAAGGAGCUCCAGGACAAGGACAUCCACAUCUGGGACGGCAACGGCAGCCGCGAGUACCUCGACUCCGUCGGGCUGUCCCACCGCGAAGAGCAAGACCUCGGGCCGGUGUACGGGUUCCAGUGGCGACACUUCGGCGCGGAGUACACGGACAUGCACGCCAACUACGACGGCAAGGGCGUGGACCAGCUCGCGGAGGUGAUCGACAAGAUCAAGAACAACCCGAACGACCGACGUAUUCUGCUCACCGCGUGGAACCCCGCGGCGCUGAAAGAGAUGGCGCUGCCCCCGUGCCACAUGUUUUGCCAGUUUUACGUCGCCAACGGGGAGCUGUCGUGUCAGAUGUACCAGCGCUCGUGCGACAUGGGCCUCGGCGUGCCGUUCAACAUCGCGUCGUACUCGCUCUUGACGUGCAUGAUCGCGCAGGUGUGCGGGUUAAAGCCCGGGGAUUUCGUGCACGUCAUGGGCGACACGCACGUGUACAGCAACCACGUGGAGCCGCUCAAGAAGCAGCUGCUGUGCGAGCCGCGGCCGUUCCCGACGUUGAAGAUCAAUCCGGCGAAGACGGACAUCGACUCGUUCGAGUUCAGCGACUUCACGAUCGAGGGGUACGACCCGCACCCGAAGAUCGAGAUGAAGAUGGCGGUGUGAUGAGGAGCGUGCGUUGCGUUGCGUGUGAACGUAUGGGACGCGAGCGUUACUUUGAAUAGUGUAAGUCCCUACGUAUUAUAACAGAGAAACGAUCCAACUU